UUGUGCACAGUUGCAGUCGCAUAUAACUGUUGCAGUGCUUGCACGAACGGCCAAUUCGAUGUCGUGAAACGACUGCUCGAGUCCGACUAUGAUCACAUUUUGGUAAAUCAGAACACUAAAGACACGGUGCUUCAUGCCGCCGUAUCGUCCCAGAAUGUGGAUGUGUUACAAAUCGUGCUUGAGGCAUUCCCGGCUUUGAUUGCAAAUUCUAACUGCGAUGGUUGUUCAUGCCUUCACUGGGCUGCUGAAAGCGGCUCUACGGAGAUCGUGAAGUGCCUUCUCGAAUUCGAGUUUCCCGAGCAGUACAUCAAAGAGAUUGAUUUGUUGUCAUGUCCUCCUUACCGGUCCGCUAUCGACGUAAAUCACGGGGACAACGAAUGCAGGACCGCGUUGUAUCGAGCUGCCUCAAAAGGUCACACGAGCGUCCUCCAGUACAUGUUAGCGUUUCGAUGCCUGUUCACUGAUGGCCAGAUGCGAUGUCCUUUUCAACUGGAUGUGUACUGUAGUCGCGGCAGAACUCCUCUGAUGGUCGCUGCCUACAAUCAGUCCAUUCCUGUACUUACCCUCCUGUUAGACGCUGGUGCUGAUGUGAAUCUGCCUCUGGCGAUUCUGGAUUCAGAAACGUGCGAGGAAGCUCGAUGUGUUGGUUCUGGUGCGCUUGUGGAGGCGACACGAUCCGAUGCGAUUCAUAUUGUACACUUUCUGCAUGACCGAGGAGCACUCGAUACUGACAAUCGAGCUUUGCGCCUAGCUGCUAAGAAUAAUAACCUCAAAUUAAUACGGGUCUUUUUAACACGGCUUGUUUAUCCAGAUCCAGAAUAUAAAGUGAACAAAAAGAACAUCGAUGUUGGACAGAUUCAAGUGGGUCAGAACUUACUGCCCUCGUCGUUGUGUCCCUCCCGAGCUGCAAUGCUGAACUGGAACUCUGCUUCGCUGGAUGCAUUAGAGUCUGACUGGUUCAUCGCAGCUGCUCUUCAAAUUAAUCCUCGCCUUCGUACUACUAGGUUGUCAUUGGCUGCUAUAACACGGGUUGAUCUUUCAUGUAACCGACUAACAGUGUUCCCAUCAAUUCUAUUCCAAAUGCCUUCUCUCAGAUCUCUUAAUCUUGCCGAAAAUCUCAUAACUUCCAUUGACAUGCCUGGUUUUUAUGUCACUUCCACGUCACUUGAGAUUCUGAAUCUCAAACAAAAUCGAUUGGAGUCACUUUCUCCCCAGUUCUUGUCCUCAUUGCCUCAGCUAACAACACUCGACAUCUCUCGCAACUGCCUGAAGCCAGUUACCGGAAUUCAUCUGGUUAUGUCCUUCACUGAAAGAAAUCAACGCUUCAUCAAAUCAUCUUUCAUCACUCCCUAUGUAAGUAUCGGUGAUGCCAUUGAGGAGCCGUCGAAUGUGCUUACCAAACCGCUGAUCCGGCAAAACGUGUGGCAGUCCGUAAUCAAUUUAUCCAAGGUGGAUGAUGACAGCUUCUUUCCUGAUUUUCCCGUGACAUCGUCGAGUACGCUUACGACGUUGAAUCUCUCUGCAAACAGGUUCCAAGUAUUCCCGUUUUGCCUUGCAUGUACAUGCCCACGUCUGUUGUCUCUGAACAUGAGCUUUAACCAGCUGGUAUCGCUACCUCCAAUUCAAUGCAUUCCUGCACACGUGCGGAAUCUCGACUUUUCCGGCAACCUUAUCAAGGAACCGUUCCAAUUGCCUUCAAUUGUACAUACAGUUUGUCAUGCUGUGACUCCAUCAACAGACUCAACGACAAUUGCAGUUCGUCGGCCAAGAAGUCCUGCUAGGCAAAAUCGGAGCAGAUCAAAGUCGGCUGUGCGUUCUCAGCGAUCGCUUUCUGUUUCUCGGCAUCAGCCUGACAUUCAGUUGGAGGAAGCUUGUCAGCACAAGCAACAUGAUACAUUAGAAUGGCUAAAGACCCUGAAUAUCAGUACCAAUCAACUGGAAUCUAUUCCUAUAAAUGCUAGUUCCAACAUGAUAAAAGUGAUCAAUGCUGAUAUAUCACGAUUGAGCAGUUUAUCUGUGUUGAAUCUGUCAGGGAACAAAGGAAUUCAAACAUUACCCCCAGAACUCGGAAUGUUAUCACGGUUGUGGUCUCUUUCAUUGAAGGGCUGCCAAUUGAAGGAGCCGCUGGACUCGAUGGUGAACACGGAAAAUUGCAAAACUGUUGAGAUUGUAGCUCAUUUGAAGACCAUUCUGGAAGAGUCCAAAACUUACCAUCACCUCCGACUUCUAAUUUUGGGAAGCGAUGGUGUCGGAAAAAGUCAACUGUGGGACGGUCUUCGUUCAGAAGCUGUGCAAAAGAAAUCUCCAUCUCAGGGUGAAAGCGUUCGCAUAGCUGAGUGGAAGUUUGAAGCAAAGAAGCAGAAAGGCGAGGCUGCUCUUGGUCCGAUCGGCUUCUCCGCAUGGGACUUCACCGGCCAAAGGGAGUAUCAUGCCACGCACCAUUACUUUCUCACCCGUCGAACGCUUUAUGUUGUUGUUUGGAGGGUGAUUGAUGGGGAUCUGGCCCUUCAUGAUGUCCAGAGAUGGCUCAUCAACAUCCAGGCUCGAGCUCCAAACUCAUGUGUCGUUUUGGUUGGAACUCACACCGAUCAAAUCUCCUCAAAUCCAACAAAGUUCUCUCACGGCUUUCUUGAAGAAAUGGAGAGCAAAAUUCGGUCGCGGUUCAUGAUUGUUGAUGCAGACAAGCACGGCUUACCCCGUGUUCUUGACCUGGUUUUGGUUAAUGGCAAAGCAAAAAGUGAUAUCAAGAACCUUUUGAAUGUGAUCUACACCUCUGGUUGGGAAGUCAGAAUUGGCAAGGAACGUGCACUAGAUCAGCAAAUUCCAUCCGCCUACAUAGCAAUGUUAAAAGUGGUCCGCGAAUUGCAUGUUGAAUUACGAAGGGAUACAACAUCGGCGAUAAUGACAGCCGAGCAAUUUCGCGAUCGGACAAAACAACGAAUGGUUUCUAAGUUUGGAAGAACAUUUAGAGAUGACAUUGAAUUUCGCGGCGUUUGUGGAUUUCUACAUGAUAGCGGCGAAAUUGUUCACUUCGAGGAUGCUGCCUUAAGACAGCUGAUCUUCGUGGAUCCUCUUUGGCUUGCCGAUUAUCUUGCUGCCAUCGUUGCAUUGAGGUCUCCUCAUCGCGCAGCCGGUCUUCUUUCUCAGGAUGCACUGGUGCCCUUGAUAAAACAGUUUCGAUGUGUUGACUACGGUGCACCACUUCGUGGAUCUCUGUUGGAUCUGCUGCAGAAAUGCGAGCUGGCACUUCCAUGCCUUGCACGGUUGCUUGUUGUACCCGCUCUUUUGCCUGAUGAGUAUCGACUCAGAGCUGACUAUCAUGCCGCUUGUGUGAAAGUGAGUUCGAAAUCCAUAAAA